AUGGUUUCAAUAAACUCAUUGAGGCAAGGCGUAGUUGUUAUUUAUCUCAGGUGUUUAGCAUCAUUGAAGGAUAAAAGAAUUAGCAUUGAAAAAGAUAAAUCCAUGAAGGAAGGAAAUACCGAUG